AUACUUCAGCGGAGGCCAAGUAGAAGUUUGACUGAUUGAAACAAGAUUACAAACAAAUAAAAAUUAAGAGAAAAUAAAAUAAAGAAGAAAGUUAAAAACAAAAAGCCAAUCAAAUUCCCAAACCCCUCCACCUAAAGUCCCACGGAAAACGACCGCCAAAAAAACACACCCAUUUUUCCUUCCUUAAGACAAUCACUUUGCUUCACAAGCAAAUCCCACGAAUUACACCCAGAUCGUUGCUUUCGUAACUGCAGUAAUUGUAAUUCAAGAGAGAGUGAGUGAAAGGUAAACUUCGUGUUAUGGCAUGGAGGGACAACACUGAUUGCUGUGAAGUUGUGUUUCGGAUUUUCAGUUCUGCCCUUCAUCCACAUCGUUGCCGAAACUUGAGUCGUCACUGGUUCAUUCUUAUGCUCAGACAAUGGCGGAUGAGAAGCUCUCACCUUCAUCUUGUUAUGAUUUUAAUCUUCUUCGCUUCAAUCUCAAUGGAACCAACAUCUGUUCGUGCAUUCAUUGGAACCUAUGGAAUAAAUUAUGGAAGAAUUGCAGAUAAUAUCCCAUCACCAGAGGAUGUAGUCACGCUACUCAGGGCGGCGAAGAUAAGGAACAUUCGAAUAUAUGAUGCUGAUCACAGUGUCCUAAAAGCUUUCAGUGGAACUGGGCUGGAAAUUGUGAUUGGACUACCAAAUGAAAAUGUGAGGGACAUGAGUGCCAAUGCUAGUCGUGCUAUGAGCUGGGUUAAAGAAAAUGUGCAAGCAUUCCUACCUAGGACGCGAAUACGUGGGAUUGCUGUUGGAAAUGAGGUUUUAGGAGGGAUGGAUUAUGAACUUUGGGGUGCUCUUCUGGGUGCAGCUAAGAACAUUUACAAUGCUGUAAAUAAGCUUCACUUAGCCAAUGUAGUUCAGAUUACAACAGCUCAUUCACAAGCUGUUUUUGCUAAUUCCUACCCCCCUUCAUCAUGUGUAUUUAAAGAGAAUGUUGUUCAGUACAUGAAGCCACUCUUGGAGUUUUUCUCUCAAAUUGGUUCCCCAUUUUGUUUAAAUGCAUACCCGUUCCUGGCAUAUAUGUAUAACCCAGAGGAUAUUGAUAUCAAUUACGCUCUUUUCCAGCCUAACAAGGGGAUUUAUGAUGAAGAAACAAAUCUCCAUUAUGAUAACUUGCUUGAUGCUCAGAUUGAUGCAGCUUAUGCUGCUUUGGAAGAUGCUGGAUUUAAGAAGAUGGAAGUUAUAGUUACAGAAACAGGAUGGGCAUCACGUGGAGAUUCUAACGAAGCUGCUGCAACUUCAAGUAAUGCAAGAACUUACAAUUAUAACCUGCGUAAAAGAUUAGCAAAGAAGAAAGGAACUCCUCUCAGGCCCAAAAUUGUGGUGAAGGCAUAUAUUUUUGCAAUCUUCAAUGAAGAUCAGAAGCCUGGGCCCACUUCUGAGAGAAAUUAUGGAUUGUUCAAAGCUGACGGGAGCAUUUCAUAUGAUAUUGGGUUUCAUGGUCUUAAAUCUUCAUCUGCAGAUUCCUUGCUUCUGUCAUUGAAGCUAAAUAAGUUAGGGUCUCAAGGGGGAUAGUUAUGAUUCAGAACCCGACAUUCAAAUCUUAUAUCCAACUACCAUACUGCCACAGUUAAUGUUACCAUAAACAGAUAUACAAGGGUUUGCUUGUUCCCUUGUGUGGGUUCUUGAACUUAAGUGCAAAUGUAUUUCCAUAUUAGAAUGGAGCCAAAAGGGUCAAAAGCUGCAAACAAGACUGGAAGAAGAACCUUUUUGUUAAAUUGGUGAUUGUGCCGUGGUUGAUUAAAUGUUUUGAGGAUAACUUUCAAUAGAAGUCCUUUUAAGUCAAUUUGUGGAACAUUUGGUAAAAAAAUUUGUAAACGAUAUUGUUAAUUUGAAUCUUAGUAUGCAUGAAUUGUAUCAUGUUUAAUUAA